AUGGACAGUACUUUCAACGACAGCCUUGUACCUCCUUUGGGCACCAGCUUUUACAAACGGAAAAGCUUCGAUAUAUUCGAAGGACGCAAUUUCCGUGGCAAAUCAUUCGCCAGCGUCUCGUGGCGGGUGGACGCACACGUCUACGCUACAGAGAGUCCUCCCGCCAGCUCUGAUUACGAAGGCAUUGUCUAUAUCAUCUUCGUGCACUCCGGGACAUUUGUCGUACCGGAUUCAAGGGAUUACAUCCGUGAACCAACGAGGUUUACUGUAACGCCAGUGGACUCGAAGUCUGUACAGGCUGUUGCACAAGAGCCGCAAUCAUGGACGAAGUAUAUGGGUAACAAUGGCACCACAUAUGGGUCGAAAAUCGAUUUCUCCCAGGACUUGCCCAUGUUCAAGAAUGAAGGUGAUCAAGGGUUUACUUUUGACGCCGCGUACGGUUCAACGAUUUCCGGGAAUCUCAAGCACAGUGGGCGGAUUGUCGGACAUCAGACCGAGUUCUCCUUCGAUGAAGUUACCACGUGGAAAGAAGAGUUUUUCCGUGCUCUUUCUGUGUUCUCCACUACAAAGGCAACCGGCUCAUUGGAAUUUCGGUUCGGUAUGGACAACAAAAGCUAUGAUCUCGUCACCAACCCAGGGGUGCCAGUUGUGAUUGACUUGUUCCCAGCGUAG